CCACCUUCCGCCUCAAACCCACUCGCGGCCCGCUCGACCCUUCAGCUCACGUCACCCGGCCCACUCGCGCCAGAUGGGCCCAUCACCGCUCAGUCGUGCGCGAGGCACCCAAAAAUGCAAAGCGAAAAUGUCGCCGCCAAGAGGAAUCGAACCCGCGUUCACUCUUCAGCCAGACAAGCCAUAUCACCAACAGAAUACAGAUGCGCUUGGUGAUCCUUGGGCGCAGUACUCUCAUAUUAAUGAACCCGCGCCAUCACCAACUCGCGUCAAAAAGCAUCAUCAUCGCGAGGACUCGAACCCGUGCCAUCAC